GACGCCUUGACAGAGAAGCGCUGGCGGUGGCCAACGAAGCGACCCUUAACUGUAGAACGCGCGCAUGCGCGAUCUCUCUCUCUCUCUCUCUCUCUCUCUCUCUCUCUCUGUGCCCCCACCCCUCAGUUUGGCGCGCGCGCAUGAGAGACUGCGAGAGGCGCGAAGUGACUCGCUGAUAGAACGCAGAGGAAAAGUCUCCUCCCCGCUUUCCCAGGCCCGCGGGCGCGCGCUCGGCAAAGCGCGAGACGGAGAGACUGCGCGUGCGUGCUCUCGAUUUUUCCCCUCCCUCUCUCCCUUUUCUCCUCCUCUCGUUCUGUUUGCGAAGCGCUCGAGCCUUACAGGCUCUGAGGGCGCGCGCGCUUCUCUUUCUGUCCUCCCCCCCCCCGCCCCCUCAGCUAGCUAAGCUAAGCCCGAUUCCCUGCGAGGCCGCCAGCCCUGCCUAGCCCGCCGGGGGACCCUCGCCUAUCUCGCCCCACCUCCUCUUCCCCAUCCCUGCCACCAAUCAGCCUCCGGCCUGGGUGCGGCCGACUGGCGGGGGGCUCCGACGACGACGCGGGAGGAGGAGGAGGAGGAGGAAAAAGCGGCGGGGGGGAGGUUGCGAUGAGGUAGCUGCGGCUUUGGGGAGGAAAAGAUGGUGGAUGCUGAUGUUUGUGCUGGUGGGGAUAGCACCAGAAGAAAAAUGGAUGCUUUAACAGAUAGUGCAGCUGAGAUUGUUCCUUUGGAACUCUAUGAUUCAGCUCGAGCAAAAAUCGCUGCUAACCUACAGUGGAUCUGUGCUAAAGCCUAUGGAAGAGAUAACAUCCCAGAGGAACUGAAAGACCCAUUUUAUAUAGACCAGUAUGAACAAGAACAUAUUAAACCACCUGUCAUCAAGCUGCUGCUGUCCAGUGAGCUCUACUGCCGUGUCUGCAGCCUUAUUCUGAAAGGGGAUCAGGUGGCUGCUCUGCAGGGACACCAGUCGGUCAUCCAGGCUCUGUCUCGGAAAGGGAUUUACGUCAUGGAGAGCGAUGACACUCCUGUGUCUGACUUGGAUCUCAGCUGUGCGCCAAUCAAAAUGAGUCCUCACAUGGCAAUGAUUGAUGCCCUCAUGAUGGCCUACACUGUUGAAAUGAUCAGCAUUGAGAAAGUGGUGGCCAGUGUCAAAUGUUUCUCUACAUUUAGCGCCUCAAAGGAAUUGCCCUAUGAUCUAGAGGAUGCGAUGAUAUUCUGGAUUAAUAAGGUGAAUCUAAAAAUGAGAGAGAUAAUAGAAAAAGAGGUGAAGCUAAAACAGCAUUUACUGGAAAGUCCAGGUCAUCAAAAGGUACGUUAUCGCCGAGAUCACCUUUCAAGUAGACAGUUACCGUUUUUCCCGUUACUUGAAGAUCUGAUGAAGGACUGCAGUGAUGGGGCUGCUUUACUGGCCGUGAUACAUUAUUAUUGUCCUGAGCAAAUGAAACUAGAUGAGAUUUGCCUGAAAGAGGUAACAUCAAUUGCUGACAGCAUCUAUAACAUCCAGCUCCUUCAGGAAUUCUCAAACGAAUAUCUAAACAAAUGCUUUUACCUCACAUUGGAGGACAUGCUGUAUGCGCCUUUGGUCCUAAAGCCCAACAUGAUGGUCUUCAUUGCUGAAUUAUUCUGGUGGUUCGAGAAUGUCAAGCCAGACUUUGUGCAGCCCAGGGAUCUCCAAGAAGUAAAAGAUGCGAAAACAAUGUUGCAGCAGAAGAGCAGCCGCCCGCCUGUUCCUAUCUCCAAUGCAACGAAACGGAGCUUCAUGGCUAGCCCUGCAGCUUCCAGUUCAGCUGAUGUGCAUCUCCCCGUUCAGCUCCCUUUGGAGACUUGCAACAGGUAUUACCUGCAUCCUGAAGAAUCUGAGUAUCUUGGAAAAGGAAGCCCUGCCUUCAAUCCAUCCCAUCCAUUACUGCCUUUGAGACAGAAACAACAGAAGUCGCUGCAGGGGGAGGACAGUUCAGAUCAACGGCAUCGGUCUAAUUCAUUGACGAGGGUGGAUGGGCAGCCACGGGAUUCAGUCCUUGCAUGGCCAGAGAAGAAACAAAGACCUCUUUCUCAACCUACACCAUUCGCACUUCAUCAUGCUGCAAGCAGUGAUGCCGACCCCAGUUCUGGUGACAGCAUUAGCUUGGCUAGGUCGAUCAGCAAGGACAGCCUCGCGUCAAACGUUGUCAACAUCACUCCAAAACAGCAGCCUCAAUCUGCCCCAGUGAAAAACAAUGGGAAAAGCUUGCUGAACAAUGUUGAAAUAGAGGAUGAGGAUGAAGAAUUGAUUGCAAUAAUCUGCCCAGAUGCUACACUGAACCACUGCGACCUUGAACUUCAGAGUGUGCCGGCUAGAUCCCCUUGUCUGGUUGCAACUGCAUGGGCUCAGAAACCACAAAGUGAAGCCUCAGCAAGUAAACCAGAGAGCUUUUUCCUUGAGCCUUUAAUGCCUGCUGUUCUACGGCCAGCAAAGGAAAAACAAUCAAUCAAUAAGGAGGAUGAAUGCGGGGAAGGGAAGACGAGGGGCUUUGUAGCCAAGGGCCACACAGCUUUAGCCCGCAAGAAAGCCAGCAGUAAUAAUGCAGAUCACAACCUCAAUAGGACUUUUAAUGUAAUGUCUAGCUCUGAAUUAACAGCUGUUGCCGGUUCCAGCAUGGCAGAACCGACGGUACACUCGGAGGUCAGAGCAGAGCCCUUUCGGCCCCAGGCAAGUAGUAGUUUAGAGCCUGCAUCCCGAGAGCAAUCCUUCAGCGGAUUCUUCCUUCAUGCCGCCAAAGUUGACGAGGAUUUGGCUUGCAGUGCAAAUGCUGGCUAUGUGAAAAGUCCAAAUUCUCACAUUGCAGACUCCUCGUGGACAAUGAUCAGGCAAGAUUCUGACUUGGACAUUCUGGAUAUGGAGGAAGCUGAACAAGAUUUAGUGGGAGAUGACCAUCCAAUCAUUGCCAAGUAUAUAGGUGAAGAGGAAUCGGCAAAGCUACAAGAAGACAUGAAGGUCAAGGAGCAUGAAGAUAAAGAUGACGCCAGUGGACGUUCAAGCCCGUGCCUGAGUUCAAUUUCUCAGAUCAGUAGUGUGUCCUUGACCAGUGGGAGCACCAGAAUGACUAACUUUGCUGAACGCAAACUUCAGAGGCUGAACAGCUACGAAACAAAAUCCAGCACAAGCAGCUCACAGAAGACCACGCCGGAUGGGUCAGAGUGUUGUCCCGCCCCGUUAACCACAUGGAAGCAGAAGAGGGAGCAAAGCCCCAACAGGCAGAGCAAAGAUAAUGUGAACAUGCUGGCUUCUGAACUGGUGCAGCUUCACAUGCAGCUAGAGGAGAAGCGGAGAGCGAUAGAGGCUCAGAAAAAGAAGAUGGAGGCGAUGUCGGCCAGGCAGCGGUUAAAGCUGGGCAAGGCGGCAUUCUUGCAUGUGGUGAAGAAAGGGAAAGGCGCCGAUGUUGCUCAGCCGCUUAAGCCAGAACACUUCACAAAAGAGUACUUGAGACACAACGGGGAAGGCUUGGAUGAUGCUUCUUUGAACUCUAAGUCUGCAGCAUUUCUCAUGAAAGAGGAAGGGGGUGAAGGCGCACUUGAUUCCCAUGAAGUUCCCAAGGUGAAGGCCCAAGAAACAAUUGCUUUUGGUGAGCAAGACAAUUCAAAAGAACCCACUAUCCAUGAAAUAGAGAAAAGCAAAAUGAUUUCUGCUGCACUUCUAGAAGAGAAUAUUGAGUCUGCAGAUAUCAGUGAAUGCAAUCUUUCCAUUGAAAAGCUAAAUGAGACUAUCGGUACCCUCCAGCAGGCUAUCCUGAAGAUUUCUCAGCAGCAAGAACUUCUCAUGAAAGCGCCGACGGUGUCGUCAUCUAGAGGUGGCUAUCAGGACCAAAAGAUAAAAGCACCGAUUCAUUUUGUGGAGCCCCUUUCUCCUACAGGCGUGAGCAGUCUUCGCAAGCCACCUCGCCUCAGUCAAGGACGAAGUCCCCGUUCGGGGAGACCCUCUGAACUGAAAGUGGCUAAGGAGCGUCAGCAAACCACCACACGCAUAAAAACCCCAACUCCUAGUGUUGACACCUUACCACACUUAAGGCAGUUCCCCUCGAACAAUUCAUCCAAGACCCCGACUGAAAUUACUCCUGAAAAUAAUCUGAACCCAGACAACACUCCCCAGGAGAAGCUUUCCUUUGAUAGGCUCUGUGACGAAAGAAAUCAGCGAGGGGGAUUUAUCCUGUUCACUUCCAAAGACACAGAUAUCCUCUCUGAAGCCAUCAAAGAUGUGAAUAGUAACAUAGAAGACCUUAGCCUCACUUCUUUUGAUGGCCCGGAAAAAGAGAAUGUUACAGCGGAGGAAACCCUGAGAAACAAAGGUAGCCUUAUUGAAGUAGACCUCUCUGACUUAAAAGCCCCAGAUGAAGAAGGAGAGGUUGAAAGCCAGGGCAGCUCUACAGACUUAAUCAGUGAAAUAGACCAGAAGUCAGGAGUUGGGUUUUUCUUUAAGGAUGAACAGAAGGCGGAAGACGAGCUGGCAAAGAAGCGUGCCGCCUUCCUCUUAAAGCAGCAGCGCAAAGCCGAAGAGACCCGGCUUCGGAAACUGCAGCUCGAGGCAGAGGUUGAACAAAAGAGGGAUGAAGCCCGUCGUAAAGCUGAAGAAGACCGCGUAAGGAAGGAAGAAGAGAAAGCCCGGAGAGAACUCAUCAAACAAGAGUAUCUGAGAAGAAAGCAGCAGCAGAUCUUGGAAGAGCAAGGCCUUGGCAAGCCCAAGCCCAAGCCCAAGCCCAAGAAGCCUAGGCCAAAAUCUGUCCAUCGGGAAGAGUCCUAUAGUGACUCGGGGACAAAGUGUUCUUCUACUCCUGAUAAUCUAAGCAGUGCUCAGUCGGGUUCUAGCCUGUCUUUGGCAUCUGCAGCAACAACUGAACCUGAAAGUGUUCAUUCUGGUGGGACACCUUCGCAGCGAGUGGAAUCGAUGGAGUCCUUGCCCAUAUUGAGUAGAAACCCAAGUCGAAACAUGGAGAGAGACUGGGAAAACACUUCAACAGCCUCUUCAAUUGCUUCAGUGGCAGAAUAUACCGGUCCAAAGCUAUUUAAAGAGCCCAGCAGCAAGUCAAACAAACCAAUUAUCCACAAUGCUAUCUCCCACUGCUGUCUUGCUGGAAAAGUAAAUGAGCCUCACAAGAAUUCCAUAUUGGAGGAGCUUGAGAAGUGCGAUGCCAACCACUACAUCAUUUUGUUCCGCGAUGCCGGCUGCCAGUUCAGAGCACUUUAUUGUUAUUACCCUGACUCGGAGGAAAUCUACAAGCUGACCGGAACGGGGCCAAAGAGCAUCACCAAGAAAAUGAUUGACAAGCUUUAUAAGUAUAGCUCAGACAGAAAGCAGUUUAACCUGAUUCCAGCCAAAACCAUGUCUGUCAGUGUAGAUGCUCUGACGAUUCACAACCAUUUGUGGCAACCCAAACGACCCGCAGUGCCAAAGAAGACUCAGGCUCGCAAAUGACAUUACGUUUCUGUGGGAGACUAUUACAGAUUGCAUCGUUGGGGAGAAAUGACCUUCCCCGCCACCCCCCUCUCUAGUUUGGGUAUGAAAUGAGCAGAACCAUAAACCCUUUUUUUAAAAACAACAACAACGAAAGAGGCUUCGUAAACAUGGAUGCAAGGAAAGAAUGAAGGAACAACUUCAGUGUUCUUUGGAUUUUGUUUAUUUGUAUGAAUGAUAAAAUGGCUGUUACACCCGUUGGUAACUACAGAGGCAUUUCACACGAGGGAAGGUGCAUGUAGCAAGAUCUCAAGCAGUGGAUUUCCUUUUACUUGAAGUUCUUCAUUGGUACAAAUUGGGACAUCGUUUUUUCCUGUUCUCUCCCCCCCCCCCCCCGGCAAUCGCUCUCAGAGUUAGCACGUGCUGCCCUUCAGGAGGAGGACAGGGAAGUAGGUGCUGUGGCAGGCAUCCGUUAGGAAAAGUUAAUCAUUUUAGACUCUGGACAUACAAGCUAUUGCUACUCUAAAGUUACUGCCAACUUUAAGCCAGGCUCUGACUUCUGGAAGGAAAAUGACAGCAACCCCAAUCUGGUCCUUGCUGCUCAGAAUAAAGUUGUUUACCUACAGUAUCGAUUUCUUUAUAAGCACUGAAACAUGUAAAAUCUGUCUUUUUAGAAAAAAAAUUAAAAUGGAGGACUUAUGCAAAUUAGUAUGGCUGAACAUUUUGGCAACACAAUCGUGAAGAGGCAAACAGGUGCUACUUGCUGGAAUUAUCCCAGUUUGAAACUUGAGGCACGCUGAACAGAGUACAGUCGAUGUUGGUUUUCUGUUUCAAGUGGUAUCCAAAUGGGGUUUUCUUUCUGUCUUUUUAAUAAAGACAGAUUCUAGAAAUAGUGGAACAUUUUCACUCAGAGCACGUUACUCCUGUAUAAUGGUGCACUUAAAUGAUCACAUAUUCUAAUGCUUUUUUAAUUAUGUCCUGAAAUGUAAUUCUAAUUUGUUCUGUAUUUUUUCUUUUUCCUUUUUCCAUCUUUUUUUGUUUUGUUUUGCCGGAUGAGUAGCAUGCUCUAAAAUGGAGUGUGUGUUCUUUUUAGUUUUUUGGUUUUAAUCUUUUCUUUUGGGGCAGGAGUAUAUACAAAUACAUGAGAAAAUAAACCAAUUUCCAUAUACGAGCAAUUUUUAAACAAAUCUGCUUUUUGUUUUGAAGGCUCAAAUUAAGUUGGAUGGCUUUGGUUUUUCCUUUCCGUCUUGAAAUAUUAAAUCUUGAGUUAUGACCUUAAGGCUGUGCGUUCCCCUCCCUUUAAACAAAACCUGUUUGCAUUUGAUGAAGUAAUGAGCGCAGUUUUGUUUGACUAAUAAUCAUGUGUUUCUCUAUUUUCAAAACACGUCUCUUCCCUUUCCUCCCACCUCCCAAGGUAACUAAAGAGCUGUAGUUCUAGUCUAUCUUUUUCCAUUACCAAGUCUCUAGUGUAUCUUACUUUGACUCUACUGCCUGGUAAUUUCUUUUUAUAGGGUUAUAACCUUGGUUUGCACAUAUUUUACUUCUACUUGAAGUGUUACUUGAAUAUGUUCUGUGUAGUGCAAAGGACACUAUGACAACACUAGAGAUGGAAAAGUUGAAGCUCUAAACACAAUCCAGUGUAAUUAUUUAAGGAACUUUAAAAAAAUAAUAAUUGGAAUGAACAGUGAGUUUUGUACAGAAAGGGUGAGAGAUAGGGUAUUUAACACUGACUAGAGAAAUAAGAAUGAUGGUCUUCCAUUGCAAUCCUCUUGCGUUGUUUCAUCCUCUUACAGUAAGUUUUAAAUAGGUUGGCUGUACAUUUUGUUUGAUAGUUGGCUACCCUGUAUAUAAGAAAAGGCUUUAUUAUUUCUGAAAGUGCUAAGUAUUAAACACCGUCAUGAGUGUAAUUUUUUUUGUUACAUGCUUUUCAUGCUUUAUUUCUCACUGUUUGAUAUUAUACAACAUAUUUAUUUUACGGAAGCACUGAAAUUUAAUAAAGAUCAUCAGCUAAUUUUUG